AUGGAUUUCUCUCUUAGCAAGAUGGAUGAACUAGGGGACAUUCCAACAAACUUUGUUGAGGAAAUGAAUGACUUUAAGAGAAAACUGGAGGGACUAAACGCUCUAAAAGAAAACAUAGAGUCAAGAAUGGGCAGAGACCUAGAGCUGCAUCCAAGAAAGAAACCUAAGAAAGUUGUUGAGUUAUGGUUGAGAAAUGUUGAAACAAUAAAUGGCGAAAUCCAAGACCUUGAACAAAAAUUUGAUGAAGGUAGUGUUGUCUCACGUGGAUUCCUCAUAGCAAAUGUUUUCAAGAAGAUGCAAGAAGCUGAAGAACUUCUUCAACAGGGCCAGUUUCAUAAUAGCCUGGUUGUUGACGACCUUGGGUGGAUUGAACAAGCGCUAUCUACAACAACUUUGGUCGGUGAUGCUGCAAAGAUUUGCAUGGAAGAAAUUUGGGCAUAUUUGAUGGAUGAUAGUGUUUCAAAGAUUGGAGUUUGGGGAAUGGGAGGCGUGGGUAAAACCACUCUCAUGAAGCUCGUAAACAACCAACUUUUAAAGGAGACUGAAAAGUUCAAUAUCGUGAUAUGGAUCACCGUGUCAAAGGAGAUGAACAUCUUUAAAUUACAAAACAGCAUUGCAAAAGCAAUGAAAGUAUCCCUUCUUGAAGUUGAAGAUGAAGCAAGUAGAGCAGGGUUCAUAAAUGAAAUGUUGUCUCAAAAAGGCAAGUAUGUGUUAAUCUUGGAUGACCUAUGGGACAAACUUUCUCUUGAAGACGUAGGCAUCCCCGAGCCUUCUAAUGGGAGUAAAUUGUUGGUAACAUCUCGGUUGUUAGAUGUGUGCCACUUUUUGGGCUGUCGAGAAGUUAGAAUGCCUACUCUUUCAAAACCAGAUGCAUGGAGCCUAUUCUCACAAAAAGUAGGUCAAGAUGUUUUGAAUGACCCACAUCUAUUGCCCAUUGUGGAAUCUGUUGCUGAAGAAUGUGCCGGUUUGCCAUUGGCUAUUGUUACAAUAGCAAGCAGCAUGAAGGGUGUACGGGACAUUCAUGAGUGGAGGAAUGCACUCCAUGAAUUAAAAAGACAUGUAGAAAGUGUGAAUAGCGUGGAAGGGAAGGUGUUUCAACGGCUUCAGUUCAGCUAUGAUCGUUUACACAAUGAAAAAUUGAGGCAUUGUUUCCUUUGUUGUGCAUUAUAUCCUGAAGAUUGGGAAAUACAAACACAUGAGCUAAUAAAACUUUGGGUUGCGGAGGGGCUUGUGGAAGAAAUGGAUAGCAUGCAAAAAGAGGUUGACAAGGGUCAUGCCAUAUUGAAUAAACUAAAAAACAGUUGCUUGAUUGAAAACGGUACUAGACAUCCAGAUCGUGCUGUGAAGCUGCAUGACAUAGUGAGGGACAUGGCAUUACGUAUCACAAGUGCAAGGCCACGAUUCUUGGUGAGAGCUGGAUUGCAAUUGAAAGAGAUACCAAAUGUGCGAGAAUGGAAUGAAGAUUUGGAGAAGGUAUCGUUGAUGCUGAAUUGGGGAUUACAAAUUCCAUCCCAAAUGCCACCACCAAGGUGUCAAAAGCUCACAACCUUAUUGUUGUCCCAUUGCGAUAUAAAGAGUAUUCCAGAGUGUUUCUUUGAUCAAAUGCAUGGACUCAAGAUUCUUGAUCUUUCUUGGAAUCCUAUUAAGAGUUUGCCAAAUUCCAUCUCUAAUGUGGAAACUCUCACUACAUUGUUGCUUGGUUACUGUGAAGAUUUAAGGAAGGUGCCAUCUUUUUCAAAACUUCAAGCUUUGAAGAAGUUAGUCCUUCGAGAAACAAAUAUCAAGGAUCUCCCUCAUGGGUUGGAAAGGCUGGUAAAUCUCAAAUAUCUUGAUUUGGCAAAUACGAGAAUAACAAAGGUGGCCCAUGGAUUAUUGGCAAAUUUCACAUCACUUCAGCACUUAGCAAUAGUGAAUGACGAAGAAACAGUUGAGAGAUUCGUGAGAGCAGAGGAAAUAGGUGGAUUAAGGAAGUUGGAAUUCUUUGAAGGGGGUUUUUAUGACUUGAAUGAGUUGAACAAUUAUAUCAAAGCUUUGGAUGCUCCAGCAGAAGGGCCUCGUCGAUACUACAUUUCUGUGGGUUUACGACCACAUUUUUACUUUCCAUCAGAGCCGAAAAAGGUAAUUGAAUUAAGUUGUAACAUCUGCACAGAUGGUAUUAAGGUCCUAUCUGAUGUUGAGGGCUUGGGAAUUUGGAAGUGCAUUGUCGAUUUGUGUGAAGAAGAGGCAUUUUCCUCGCUGUUCAUCUUACCGCCACAUAAUGUUUUUUCUUCUCUUUCUGAUAUUCGCAUAGAUUCUUGUCAAAAUAUAAAGAAGUUGUUCUGGUCCAGUUGGGUCUUGCAGAACCUCCAAAACUUGAAAAGCUUAUGGGUUCAAGAUUGCGAGGAUAUGGAAGACAUAAUAGCACCAGAAUCAGAAUCGGAGGAAGAAGGAAUAAGCGCCAUCAAUUUUGCUCUUCCCAUAUUAAGGAUAUUGGUAUUGUCGUGGCUACCAAAAUUGAAGAGCAUUUGUAGUGCAAAUGGAGUAAUGGUUUUUGAUUCUAUUGAGGAGAUUUAUAUAAAUAAUUGUCCACAAUUAAAGAGGAUACCUCUGAGUCUUCCCCUGCGUGAUGAUGGCCAACCAUCUCCCUCUCCUUCUCUCAAUGGAAUUUUUGUUCCCAAGCAGCUAUGGGAAUUGGUUGAAUUGGACCAGCCAAAUGCCAAGUCUCUGUUGGAGCCUUAUGUUAAGUACUUGAAGUGA